CCCGCCGUGCCGGCGCGCAAGCCCUCCAUUGACCCCCAGACUGCAGAGAAGCUCGAGAAACACCUGAACCAGCGUCCAGAGAAGCAUGAUCUCGUGGAGCGCAACAUUCUUAAAGAUGAUCACGUCGCACCCUCACUUCAAGCUGCUAAGGAGAAACUGCAGAGGUCCCAGCUCGAGGACAAGCUGGAACACGCCCUGCAACAACGUCCCAGGCCCGAGGAACUCGUGAAAGAAGGCAUUCUC